CUUUCAGAAUGAUGUGAAGAACACUUAAGGACGACGAGACAGCACUUCAGCUCAUCUUUUCAAAUCCUUGGAGACACACGGUCCCAGGUGCUUUGUCUGAGCUCUGUAUUUUUUGGAGCCCUAUGGGGAUGGGAACGUGCUUUGAUAAAAGAUGGACUUGCUGUGGCCCUGCUAAAGGUCACCGUCCUCUAAAGGUCAUGUCAUGGCCCCUGGCCCUGUGGCUAUUGACUCUAAUCUCUGUGAAUCAAAAGACGACUGUUGGACAGACUCUGAACGCCUUCCAAUCGGAAAGGAGGGAUUGGGCGCUGAACCACCUGACUGUGCAUCAGUCUACAGGAGCUCUGUACAUCGGAGCUGUCAACCGAAUCUACAAGUUGUCAGCUAACCUCACCCUCCUGGUGUCCCAUGAUACGGGGCCGGAGUAUGACAACAAGGCAUGUUACCCUCCACUGAUUGUCCAGCCCUGUUCUGAGCCGCUUGCAUCUACUGACAAUGUUAACAAACUGUUGCUCAUCGACUACUCCCAGAACCGGCUGCUGGCCUGCGGGAGUCUGUACCAGGGCGUCUGCAAGCUGAUGCGGCUGGAUGACUUGUUCAUCCUUGUGGAGCCCACGCACAAGAAGGAACACUACCUGUCCAGUGACAACCAGACAGGGACGAUGUACGGGGUUGUUGUGCCCUCGCAGGGUCAGGAUGCCACUCUGUACAUCGGCACGGCUGUCGGCGGCAAACAGGACUACUUCCCGACUAUCUCCAGCCGAAAGCUGCCUCGUGACCCAGAAUCCUCUGCCAUGCUGGACUACGAGCUUCAUACUGACUUUGUGUCCUCUCUGAUUAAAAUCCCCUCAGACACGCUGGCUCUUGUCCCACACUUUGACAUCAACUACAUCUACGGUUUCGCCAGCGGCAACUUCGUCUACUUCAUGACAGUGCAGCCGGAGACACCUGAGAAUGGGAUGCCCGCCGGCGGAUCCCCUGGCGACCUGUUUUACACCUCUCGCAUAAUCCGCCUCUGCAAAGGUGACAAAAAGUUCCACUCAUACGUGUCGCUUCCUGUGGGGUGCGUACACAAAGGCGAGGAGUACCGUUUGCUGCAGGCGGCGUACCUUUCCAAGGCCGGCAGGGUUCUGGCAAAGUCGCUCAACAUCAGCGCACAGGAGGACGUGCUCUUUGCCGUUUUCUCCAAGGGACAGAAGCAGUGCCACGACCCUCCAGACCACUCCGCUCUCUGUGUCUUCACCAUCCAAGACAUCAAUACACGCAUUAAGGAGCGUCUGCAGUCCUGUUACCAAGGAGAGGGAAAUCUGGAGCUGCACUGGCUGCUGGGGAAAGACGUGCAGUGCACCAAGGCGCCCGUUCCCAUCGAUGAUCACUUCUGUGGCCUGGAUAUAAACCAGCCCCUGGGAGGUUCACAGCUGGUGUCGGGUCGCACGGUGUUCACUGAGAGCAGGGACAGGCUGACCUCUGUCACCUCUUACGUCUACAACGGACACAGUGUGAUCAUCCUGGGGACCAAGAGCGGACGGCUGAAGAAGAUCAGAGUGGACGGUCCUCUGGAGGGAGGAGUGCUGUACGAGACAGUCAGCGUGAUGAAGGAUAGCAGCCCCAUCCUCCGGGACAUGGCCUUCUCCCUUGACAGGAACUCUCUCUAUGUCAUGUCUGACAAUCAGGUGAGGAUACGCCCUCGUUUUCGCCUCUUGCUGUCAGGAGAAACGCUAAACGGCAGGGAGAUGAAGCGAGACGGUCUUCAGCUAGAAGCCCGCGAGUUCAUGCCAGCAAGCGCUCACCAAGCUGACACGUCCUUGAGCCAGAUACUGUAUUUGCAGCUUUAG